AUGGCACGUGGUAGCUUAUCUGUCUCGGUUAACUCUGGAGAUGUGAGUGAGAACACAGCAUUGAUUUCGUCCAAAAAGUGUAACCGAAAGCAAAGAAGUAUUUUACAUGAACUAACAAAAAUUAACUUCUGGAAGGGCGUUAUCUUAGAAUUUCUAUCAACCCUUUUGUCUGUCAUGAACACAUGCGGUAGCACGCUGAGUCUCUACGAGCCUGGAACUGGUGAUUUGUACCCAGUCCCCUCACACAUCACAGUGGCAAUUUGUGCUGGUUGGGGAGCUAUAGUUUUGGUAGCAAUUGGGCGUCAUGAAAAGGGAUACUUUAAUCCAGCAAUUACAUUUGGAUUGUGUGUGGCGCGAAAAAUCUCUGUGCUUAGGUGUAUUCUUUACAUGAUAGCACAGACGGCUGGAGUCGGAGGGGAGGAUGAGCCAGCCGUUAGAAUAGAAUCCUCAAAGACAUUAAAACAUCCCGUUAAUUACUUACUUACUUACUUACUUACGUCCUAA